UGUGUCCAGUGUCUCCAGCCUUGGAUUGUACCAGUGUGUCCAGCCUUGGAUAAGGUUCCCUCUCCGGUGUAUUCUCAGUGCCAUGGCUUCAGCUGCAUGGUCUCCGGAGGCGUUUGCGUGCCCGAUAUGCUUGGAAACCCUGAGCGACCCUGCCACGCUUCCCUGUGGACACACGUACUGCCUGGUGUGCAUCCAGAAGCACUGGGACCAGCCCUCCAGCAAGGGCUCCUGCGAGUGUCCUCAGUGCCGACAGCGCUUCACCCCGAGGCCCGUGCUGGCCAGAAGCAACGUGCUGAUGGAGGCGCUGGAGAAGCUGAGGCUGAGCGAGCGGGACGGCCCCCCGUCGGUGCCCGUGUGUGCGGAGCCGUCCGGCCUGUAUCCCACUCUUCCCACGGGAUCACCGGAGCUCUGUCCGCUUCACCAGCAGCCGCUGGAGCUGUACUGCUGCCUCGACCAACAGCGCGUCUGUGACGAGUGUGGCCUUCUGGGACACAAGGGCCAUCAGGUGGUGCGUCCGGAUGAACAACAACACAAGAUUCAGCAAGAGCUGAUAGGAUUGAACACCCGGAUCGAAGGGAGCAUUGCAGACCGCGAGAGGGUUGUUCAGAGCCUCCCCCAAGCCUCGGAAGCACACCAGGUGUCCCUGCAGCAGCUGAUGGAGGACAGCCAGGCCGUGUUCGGGGAUGUGUUGAGGAGCGUGGGGCUCGGCCAGUCGCAGGUGCUGGAGCUGCUGCACACACACCAGAUCUGGUGCUCCACACACACCCAGGCCCAGACGCAGACGCUCCACCAGGAGAUCACCCUGCUACGCCAGAAGCAGCAGCAGAUCAGGAGCCUGCAGAGCAUCCAGGACCCGCUCAGCCUCCUCCAGGCGUUCGCGGCGCUGGAUUGCGAGGACCCGUGUGUGAGCGCAGCGAUGGAGAUCGUGAGUCCGCAGGCGCUGAUGAUGUCAGAGGUCAGAUCCACUCUGCACGCUUUCAGAGAGGCGCUGGAGAACCUCACCAGAACCAGCCUGAGCCGCGUCUUCAGAGUCGUGAACGAUGCGGCCACUCUGGCACAAUCAUCCAGUCAGUCAUGUGACCCAGGCGUCGUCUCCAGCCAAUCACAGCCGCCCUCUCUAAACCCAGCUUCUCAGAUUACAGAAGUAAAGUGUGCCUCGGUGACACCGGAUGAUAAACCCGAAGCCAAAGCUUCAUCUCCUGCAACGCAAGAACGUCACACCAAUCAAGGCUCUGCCAACCCUGUGGAGGGAUCAGCAUCGUGUUGUCUAGCUAAACCAGCACCCAGAACCCGGGAGGAAAUGCUUAAAUUUCGCACCGACCUUACUCUAGAUCCCAAUAGUGUUUUCCGUCAGAUCCGUUUGUCUGAUGGCUACCGCAAGGCGACGCUGUGCGCGGAGAGCCAGAACUACCCGGCUCACGCGGACCGCUUCGUGUUCUGGAGGCAGGUCAUGUGUGCGGAGCCGCUGGCUGGGGGCCCGAGCUACUGGGAGCUGGAGUGGACCGGGCAAAGGGUGACGGUCGGCGUGGCAUAUAAAGACAUGGAUCGCUCCUCAGCGGAUGACAGUGCCAGACUGGGCCACAACACACACUCCUGGAGCCUCUACUGGUCCGGCAAGGCCUACUCCCUGUGGCACGCUGGGAAAGAGACGGCUCUGGCUGGUCCUAAAGCCAGGCGUGUGGGAGUGUACGUGGACCAGCAGGCCGGAGUGCUGGCUUUCUACCGUGUCUCACACUCUCAGGCCCAGGAGAUCUGCUGCGUUCACACAGACUUCCACGGGCCGCUGUUCGCCAGCUUCCGCUUCUGGUCUGGAGUCGGCUCCUCCAUCACCAUCUGUGAGCUCAACUAGGAGGUGAACAUUUUUACUGAUGGAGAAGAUGAUGAACUCCUCCAUCACUCUCCUCUAUCAAUCUCUGAACUCAACUGAAGAGAAGAUCGUCUUUAGGGGCCGAGAAGAUGAAGAAUAUCAGCUGUUCGACAUAUGCAUUUAUGCCUUUCUAUCUGUUUCUCAUCACUACUUGUCUAUGAAAAUAAAAGCUAUACUAAGGCAUCAUAA